UGGAGGAAGCACCACGGCCCAGUGGAAGGCAUAUAGCAGCUGUUGUGCUAGCUGAUUCAUCACAAAAUGGGCAGCUAUACUACCAGAGUCCACGCCGUAGAGAAAGCAGCUAACAACCAAGAUGAUGAGACGUGCAUGCAUGCUUUGAUGCUCCUUGGCGGAUUGGCCGUACCUUGUACCAUCAAGGCGGUCAUCGAGCUCGGCAUCAUGGACCUUCUCCUCGCCGCGGACCGCGCCAUGACCGCGGAGGAGCUCACGGCAAGGUUGCCAUGUCCUGCUGCUGCUACUGCUGCUGCUAUGGUCGACCGCAUGCUCCGCUUCCUAGCUUCGCACGGCGUGGUCAGGUGCGCCGCCGCCACCAAGGAGUCGUCGGAGCUGGGCUCCGAUGGUGGCAAGAGCUGCCGGCGCUACGCGGCGGCGCCGGUGUGCAGGUGGUUUACAAGGAGCGGCGGCGUGGAGUCGGUGGUUCCAAUGGGGUUGUGGAUGACCGGCAAGACCGUCUUGGAGACCUGGUACAACAUAAAAGAAGCAGUGUUAGAGGGAGAAACACCAUUUGACAGAGCAUACGGCCAGCCAUUUUUUGAAUACCUUGGUGAAAACGGGACAGUGAACACGUUGUUCGAUGAGGCAAUGGCGAACCAUUCGACAAUCAUAACGAAGAGGCUGGUCGAGGUCUUCCGUGGCUUUGAGAAUUACAGUGUGCUCGUCGAUGUCGGUGGCAACAAAGGCACCACGUUGCAAAUGAUUAGAAGUCAGUAUGAGAAUAUUAGUGGCAUCAACUACGACCUUCCUCGUGUAAUUGCGCAGGCACCUCCAAUUGAAGGUGUGGAGCAUGUUGGUGGCAACAUGUUUGAUAAUGUUCCACGUGGAGAUGCAAUUAUCCUAAAGUGGAUUCUUCACGAUUGGGGCGACAAGGACUGCGUCAAGAUCCUAAAGAAUUGCUAUGCAGCUCUCCCGGUGAACGGGACGAUGAUCAUUCUGGAGUACAUCCUCCCAGAGACACCAGAAGAAACACUAACAUCGCAACUAGCGUUCAACUUCGAUUUCGGGAUGAUGCUCAUGUACGGCGCCAAAGGUAAGGAGAGAACAGAGAAAGAGUUGUCGGAGCUCGCCAGAGAGGCCGGCUUCUCUGGAGACUGCACGGCUACAUACAUCUUCGCCAGCAUCUGGGCCCUUGAAUUCACAAAGUAAUUAAACUAGCUACGUAGCUCUUAUAUAAUUAAUAACCAUGCAUGUGCUUCGUCGCGGUGUAUGAAUGUCGUCGCACAUCCAGGCAUAUAUAUAUAUACACAUGCCGCCAUCUAAACAUAUAUGUCUUGUAUGCCAUCAAAAUACCGUAUUGUAAUAGCUCGCCAAACUGUUCGCUUGAGCUUAUGAGCUGAAUCUACCAUUUAUUCAGCAGUAUUUUUUCAUAAUAAAUCAGUCAACAGUACUUUUUGCCAUAUGUAUUUGUGAUAAGUCAAACUAUAUCAACUUUCACAAAAAGAAAUUAUGAGUCUA